AUGUCUGAUUGUGUGGGACAGGUAAAAAUUUAGUUUGGACAUGUAAACCUUCAACAUUAGUUGCCCGUGGGACCAGCUCAUUUUUAAUCACAAAGUGCAGUGACAGUUGAAAAUUGACUUCAAAUUACAACCAAAUUUCAUAUAGUGUGUGUCCAAAGGACAAGUAGAUAAGAAAAUUUUUCUCUUACUCUGAUAAGCCCCCUCCCCACCCUCCCAGAUAUUAGCCUUCCCUCUAACUUGAAUUGAAAUGAAUUCGAUUUUUUACAACGUUUUGGAGCUUAGAAAAGCCCUCCUAAAACCCCUUAUUCAGGUUGUUUGUAUAAGCCCAAGGCUCAUAGCGGAAAUCAAAGUUUAUGGUAAAAGAAAAUUGAUUCAAAAGUGUAAGUUAAUGUUAAGAUAAAAUAAUUUUAAACUACUUAGUAAAAUUUAAAAAUGCACAAAAAAUAAACCCUUCAGAGGGGAGGAAGGCAGUGAGUAACCCAAAAAUACCAUGUAUUAUCAACAUAUUUGACAGACUGACAUACUGAGAAUUCACUCCAAUUUUAAUGGUCAAUAAGCUUCCAGAACUUUAUGAGGCACUCAAAGUUUUAAUAGCAAACUUUGUCCACUUUUUGUUAAAAUCAUUGCAUUACUACUUUAAUACUCCAUAGCCACCAAAAGCAGCAGCCAAGGGAAAAAAGAGUGCCAAGCUAACAAAAGCUGAGAAGGAAAAGUUAAAAAAGGAAGAAGCAGAGAGAAAGGCAAAGGAGGAAGGUGGUUGUUAAUACUGGUGGUAGUUUUAGUUUUAAGUACUGAAAUCUUUGUAGUAAAGACUAUACUGACUAAGGCAUUAAUUUUUUACCAAAAUUGGGUUGGCCCUGACCUGUAGGACUACAAAAGAGUUGGUCUAUUGGCGUGCCCUGAAAUUCACUAGAAAGGUUAAUAAUAAUAAUAAUAAUAAUAAUAAUAAUAAUAAUAAUAAUAAUAAUAAUAAUGCCCAGUGGGGUAGAUCAUCUUGGAACAUUGUCAAUUACAGACAGGCUACAUUGUCGACUAAAGACUACUCUUAAGACUUGCAAGUAAUGGCCCUGUGUAAGCAAAUUGUGAAACAGUUGAGAGAUGUUGCAAUUGGAGUAUAACUUAAUGAAAUGUCAACACUUCAUACUGACAGUUUCCUAUUAAUUUAGUUAUACAAAUUAUGUGGGAUAGUAGUUACAUGUCUCUUUAGACUUGUUUUUUUAUGUAGAGUUGUUAUUGAGCCAGUAAGAGUUGUCUCUACCUUUCAGAGGAGGCAAGGCUCCAAGCUGAACAAGAACAGAGAGAACGAGAAGAGCGAGAAAGACAAGAGAGAGAGGAAAGGGAGCGACUUAGGCAACAGGUAUUUCCAAGAAUAUUUGAACUCUCCUUACAGUUAUACUAGUAAUGCACUGUAUAUAUUGUUCCUUCUUCUUGUUUGGAUUGCCUUACUUGCAGCAUACUCAUAUAUAUGUGGUAACAAUCUUAAGUAAUAGACCCCUUAAGCAUAUGGGACCUCUCUCAUUUCCCCAUGUAGAUCAUGUGGUAACUAAUUAAGGAACCACUUCUUUCCAAUUUUAUCUCAUUCACAUUCAUGCAAAUGUACGUGUAUUUAAAUAAAGGGACCUACAUUCCUGGGACAACAAGACAUACCGGUACCAGCUAAAGUAGAAAAAAGUGUUGGCAAAAGUCCAUAGUUUCUAGCUACAACUGGGAUCUUGCUCAUGCCUUGGCCAGAACCUUCAUAUGACAGGAUGUGUACUCUCCUAGUAUUCUUUUUUAGAUUACGCCAAGUCACUUGAUCUGCCUCAAGGUUUAGUGUCAGGUUUAUAUGUGGCUGUACCGUACUCCAGGGUAUUGUCAAGUUACUCUGUCGCCUUUCUUUUUAUAUUUUGACUUGAAUUAAUUUGUCUUAGGAGAGUGCCAGACAUCAGGCUGAAGUGGAUGAACUCAAAGAAAAGAUUGAAAAUAACUCUGAAAAACUUAAAACUUUACUGCAAAAUGAGCGAUCAAAAGCGAAGGUUGGUGUAGUAAGUUAUUAGUGCUUGCAUGCUUAUGAGUGCUUUGAGACAUGACUGGGGCAAUCCAUCAGGCUCAUGUAUGCUGCCAUCAUACAUUAACCUUUGACAAGCAAAGUUGUUACCUUUCUACAGACUAAUUAGUUACUUUUCCAGCUCCUCAGAGUGUAGUUAGGAUUUAUAAAAGCAAGCCUCUUUCCUUUAGUCAGACUGAUUUUAAUUUUGUGUUUCAUAUUGUUCCUUUUUUUGACUCACCCUAUGUUUUUCUGCGCAGUUGAUUUUAAAACUGCUGACUGCUGUUACAUUUGAAAUAAAAUAAUAAAUUAAAAUAAACAUUGGGUUAAAUGUCCCACUUAAUACAGGGUGAAAAGAAAACACAAAAGAUUGCUUACCCUUUGCAAAAGCUUAGAGCAGUUGCACAGGUCUACCAGCCUGCUUUUUCACUAACACUUACUUCUUCUCCGAAAAUGUUUCUUGUUUGUCAGACCAGUCAUACGUUAAACAUGCUUAAGCGCUGCAAGAUGCUUCAGUGAUGACAAUCCACAGGCUUUUGAUCAGGACUUUUGGACAGUACUUUUCUUUCAUUUAUAACGUUUGUUAAAUUUACAGAUUACAAGGUGUACGGAGACAACUUCUUUUCUUUGAUGUUAUACUGUGCUUCAUAAAGAAGUGCACAGGUUACAAAUUAGGAUGUUUAGUGGAAGUUAAAAGAUUAUGUGAAAAAAGAAAAUUUCUUAAUAAAAAUAAGAAAUGUCAUGCCAUUAUUUAAUAAAUAAGACUGGUAAAUAGAGACUUAAGUAAGGAGAAUUUGUACAUUGAGGUUGUCAACAGUACUGAUAGACACUUAUUUCUAAAAUUUUAUUUCUGUCAAAUGUAUGGACUAAAGUUGAUGAUAUCCUCUAUUGUAGUGGGAGAGAUAUAUGCUGUGUGAUGGCAGUCCUGAUCCCCUUAAUACUUGUGAGCUGAACACUUACAUGAAUCUUUGGCGAGAUGACAAAGAAUACAAACCAUUAAGUAAGGUGCUCAAAGAAGCUGAAGAGACAUUGAAGGUAGUCCGUCUAAAUAUUUUACUUGUAUAUCUCAAGUGAGCAUAUUUUAAAGACCUUUGUAAAUAGACCACACUAAAUUCUAUGGGUUUACCAGCGUGAUAGCCCAGGGUGCAAAGAAAAACAUUUUUACAGCUUGCCAUUCGGGCAAGCUGAAGCUAGCAUUUACUAGCCCAGAUGUCAUUUCAACUAGCCCCAAAAACGUUUUGUUCUUUUGUUAUUCAAACUCCUCAUAAAACAUCACUUGCCCGUCGGGCAAGUUAAAAACAGAAUUCACUAGCCCGAUAGCAAAAUCCACUAGCCCCGGGCUAUCGGACACUACUUUCUUUGCAUGCUGUAGCCCAUGCGGAAUGUUGGGUCAACAGGAGGAAAGCUUGUAAAUCACGAGCUGAAGGCGAGUGAUUUACAAGCUUUUUAAGUGUUCUCCCAGCAUCCUAAGUGGGUUAUCAUGCCGGUAAACCCAUAGAAAGUGUGGUCUAUUGCAUUUAUAAAAUAACUUUAAGUUUUGUGUGAGUUUACCGGCACAAUAAACCAUAGGUUUUUAACCAAUCAGAACAUGCGUACUAUCUUAGUUAUUUUAUAAAUUAUGAGAUAUAGAUGUGACAGGCUAAUUGUAAUUAUAUUCAGGUUAAAAUUUUUUAACAAUUUUAUUUCCUUUGUAUCCUAGCCCUAAUGCAUGAAUAAUUAGGAAAGGAAAUUGAGAAUCAACCUAGGUUAAACAAUUAACCUGAAUUUAAUUUUGACAUGUAACACAGACACAAUAAAUCUUCAGGAUUUUGUUAUAGAGACUCAUUAGCCUUUUGUGUGUCAUUUCUUUGGUACUUAGUUACACUGCAUUUGUAAUGAUAGAAUAAUCAAUCUUAAUUUUAAGGAAAUAAAAGCAUGACUUACUGCCGAAGAGUAUAAUUUAAAAACUCUAUUUUUGAUAGUUUAUUAAAGUGCCUCUACAACUCGGUAUGGAGAAAGUGAUUAGAUGUAUUUUUUAGAAUUAUUUUGAAAUUAAUCUUUUAGAUCUUAGAUUAAGACCUUUUGUUGUUAGCUCCGUAUUGUAUUUGAAUUUUCACUGUCAUUAUAAUAGUUAGUUUAUACGACCCCACAAAAUUUUUAGCUUGAAAUCACAUAAUUUGUGUCCAAAUGAAAUUUUUAUGUACUGAAGGGUAACUGUCUAUUCCAAAUCAGUAAUCACUUUAUGUUGCAACAGCUCAUCACAGAAAUGAAGAAUUUGAUGUUCAGUUCAGAAGAGGAAGGCUUUACAGAAGAUGACACACAACAGCUUAAACAGGUAACUCCUGACACAAUGAUUUCAUUAAACAUACAGUGUAUACUGUUUGUAGAAUUAAAUGGUUCAGUUUAAUCUUUGCUUUAAAUUUUAUUUUCCUAGGUUUCAAAGUAAACUCAUCAUCAUUCAUUGCCAUGCAUACCAAUAAACAAAGGAACUGAAACAAAAUUGAACAUUGAAUAUUAUAUAUGUUGUGGUUCAAUUUUUUCCUUAGUUUAAAUUUUAUUUUCCUUUGUUUUGGGGUAUGGUAUAAGUGUAUGAUAAUGAGUUUUAAACAAAGGAAAAUAAAAUUUAAACCAAGGAAAAAAGUGAACCACAACAUACACAUGAUUGCAUGUUAUUUUUAAGUAAAUUCUUGUUAGUUCAAAUAUGGCUAUGAGUUAAUGAACAUUAUCUAUUUUUUGUAGCUAAUUUUAAACUGAUUUGGGUUUACUAGACCUUACCUUUUUUCUUUUACAGUCAAUUUUUCAGCUUGAACAGUUGAUAAGUUAUAAAUUGGAUGAGGCUACCAUGAAUCUGCUACAGGUAAGACUGAUUAACGCUGCCCCGGACAAAUUAAUAGGGAGCUUAAGCAACAGUGAUGGCAACGGCAACGAAAACUGCAAAAAAGCAAUAGGUUUAAAUUUAUUUAGCGAAACAAAAACUUUUGCGUGUGCAUCACCCUUUUUUGUACAUUUCUGCCCAACUACAACAUGAAAGUGCCUAAUUUCACGUUUUGGAGAAGACAUGAACACAUGACAACAACUUUUUUAGAAGUCAACUCCAGAAAAAAUCAUCAGCAUUUGAUGAAUUGAACAAGAUGGAAUAAAGGCAGUAAAGUUUAAUCAGCACAAAUUCUGUCAUUGCUAAUGUGUAGGAGGAGCAUUUGCCACCAUCUUAACUCCAUUAAAGAGAAAGAAUGUCACUUGAAAAUAAAAAAGACCUUUGCAAUUGCCUAUAGUGGAAGAUUAUGAUUUUACAUAAUUAUCUUGUACAGUAGAAAUCUUUCAAGCUCAGUUAAAUUCUUUUUUCACAAACCAUUCAACUUGAAUACAUGUGUGAAACCCUGUGUAAUGACAACCAGCCUGUAAUAGUCCAUUAACACACUUACUUACCCACUGCCUGUAAUGCCCGCUGGCAUGAAGUGCAGCAACAAAGUUCCUCCACUCCUGUUCACUAUUCAACUGUCUGUUCUUGGCCAGGUUCUGGAUAGUACCCCAGGCGUGUUGUGGGGUCUUCAUCUCUCCUUCUACCAUUCGUCGCCAGGUGUUCUUCAGUGCCUCAACCUCUUGCGCUUGCCUGGUGGUGUCCAGAGUCACACACUAAAUCAUUUUGGUGUCCAAACACUCACUAAUUUAUUUUGAAAACCAUCUUGUUAAUACGACUAGAUUUCCAUGACCCUUGGGUGAUUUCUCAAUAACUUGUUUAAUUAUUUGACAUUGUUAUAGAAUGCUUCUGAUGAUGUGGAUUCUGAUACACAAAAUUUGCAGUUCACAAGCACUUCUCAAAAUAUGACAGUUUGUGUUUGGGGAAACGUAGCCAAGAAUCCUAGGUAUCGUCAUUUAAUAUGUUUUUGAAUACUCUUUUUAAAAUAAUUUAUUUGGAAGGUAAGUUUUGCAGUAGCAUCCAAUAUUGUUGGACUGAACCACACGCUCCAGUAGUUAAUAAGUAUGUGGGUUUGUGUCCUGUUCUUUGUUUCAGUAUUAGCAUUGUUUUGUCGUCACUACACAAUUGACAUUUCUGAAAUAUUUCAGGUGUUCAAAGUUUUCAGAAGUUACACAUUGUAAACUUCCUUCUGAGCAUGUGUUAAUCACUUGGCUCCUAAAUUGGAUCAUAUGAAUGUUCACUAUUUUUGCAGGGUCAAAUCCUUCUCAUUUGAAAAGAUGGGACUCACAAUGGAAAUCCCCAAAGUUCUUGCUGUUGGAAAUGUGGCUGUUCGUAUCAUGUACACCAAGUAUGACCACCUGUCUCCCUUAUCCAAGUCAUUUUACCCUAAGCUCAAAGUGAAACCUCCAGAAGUGGUGGUAGAAGAAGCAGAACCAGUGGAAGAGACAGCUGUUGAUGGGGUAAGUAUUUCCACAUAUAACUGCUGACAAAAGUUAGUCAUGCACUAUGCCAUCCUCCUACUUUGUGUUUUGGCUGGCUAUGCUUUUCCCCCAGGGCUCAGUUGUACUAAGACUGAUUAGCUCGAACCUGAGGUUAAAUUUUAAUCUGCAUUUCUUUUUCUUAAUUUGUUUGAAAGCAUUUUCUUUGAUGAUUUUCUCUAUCUUCUUUAGAGCAUCCUGCAUAGUCCCACUGUAGACAUAAUGAAUUAAGCUGAAUUUUCCUUAAUUUUAAUCUUUCACAUCUGAAUUCAAAUGUUGCACCGACCCUGGGUUAUCUUAACCCAGCUUUGAAACACCCGGCCCAGGUGACCAGUAAAAAUAACCACCAACAUCAUAUCUUUAUACCCCCAAGCAGCUAUUCUGCUUGGUCAUUCCUCUGACUAUAGUCAAAAUCAGCUACCCAUUUCAACAAUAUAAUAAUGCCAGCAAGUUAAAACUUUUCUCACAACCCCUGGCAAAUUGUUUCAACAAGUUGUGUGAUUUAAAACUCCUUAGUAACUGACUUAAAUCUCCCACCUUCUUAAGAAAAAACAAAGAGCCAAGAGAACUAGCUGUAAAAAACACCUUGAAUUGGAGCAAGUAGGUCCUCUAAGACAGCAGUAGUUUUAAUUCCUUAAACUCAAAUAAGUUUACAAAAAAUCAUUGUUUAUAUCAUGAUUGUCUGUUUAUUGCACACACUGCCAAAACUCUUUGUAGCCUAAUGUGGCCAAUUAAAUAAAAGCAUGGGGUUUGUUUGGGGUCUUUAGUUUUAAGUCAUUUAUUUAUUGAUAGCUUUUUGAAGUUUUUGUCGUUGUUUGAUGUUGUAGACUGGUGAAGGUAACGAAGGAGAAGACAAGGAAGGUGCUGAAGAUGCCCUGCCCCCCAAGUCUGCUUCACAAGCUAGUAGAGCAAGCAAAACUAGUAGAAAGAAGGUAUUUGCAAAUUAACGUUGUUCACAUCUGUGUAUGUCUGGUUAUUUUAAUUUCAUUCCGCAAAAACCAUGCAUUGUUUGUGUUUAAGUAUUUUUUUUUUAUCUCAGGUAAUUUUUAUUCUUCCCUUGUUUCAACCUCAUUAGCAUACAUUACCCAGGCCUUAAAAAAGUGCCAUCCAGUCAUCCAGGACAAACAGAUUUUCUUCCCAGGCAAAUAAUUUUUAAAUUCACUGGCCCAAUGGGGUAGCAUCUAACACAAGUCAUCUUUUAACUAAAUCAUCGACUAAGGCGAGCAAGAAGUGACCCUAGGCAAGCAGAAUGUGAGAGCUGCCUGCCCAAAGGACAAGCUGGAAUUCAAUAUUUUUUCAAGCCCUGAUAACAAUACCCAAAAACAAUAGAAAAACAAAAAUUAUCUGAGUUAAAAAAUAGUAUUAACUACAACAUUUAUAAUGAGUGAUUGUAAAGUACAGAAUCAAAGUCGAUUAUCACUAACUUCUUUAAACAGUUACUAUAUAAAUGAUUUGUACUGAAAUGUAUAUUACAGCCAUUUGUUUAGUCUGUGAAAUACAUAGUCACUGUAUUUUUUGUAUAUAUUAAGCAUAAUGCACUGUUUUGUUGUCUGAUUUAGUACACAGUGUUCAAUAGUGACUUCACAGUUUUAGAAUCUUUAAAAGACCAGGUUGAAUUCUGAACUUAUUAAACCCAGAACUUAUAAGUCUAAAACAAAAGUAAUUCAAAAUUUUGAGUAGUAUAAAUAGUUUAAAAGCAGAUUAAGUCACUGCAAUUAAACCAGAUCAUUGUACAUAACUUUAUUAAGAACGUACUGAAUUUAAAUAUUGGUACUAAUUCUUAUUUAAUAUUCAUUUUUGGUUAUCCUUUUUUUAUCUUUUUACAGAGUGGAAGAGCCAGCAGUGGCAAGAGCACUCGGAGCCGUAAAGCUAGUGCCAAGAGUGUUAGAAGCCAGGCUAGUGAUCGUGAGACUCCGCAAAAUAAAGAAGGGGAGAAUAAGGAAGCGGAGCAAGAAGGUAGGAUGUGUAAGUGACAGAAUAUAAUUUUGCAGAAGCAAAGUCACUGUACUAGGAAUAGAUAACAACUGUUACUUAUAAGUCAGCCAAGAAAUUUUGGAGAUUUGUUGUCUCUAUAUUGUCCUUUCCCAAGGCUGGGUACUGCGAUGAAGCAGCGGAGAGAGAGAGAGAGCCAGUUUCACCCCACACAAAAACAUGAUAUCUUCACAUGUGAAAAUAACAUGUUAUCUUCACACGUGAAAAUGUCACUGUUGCUAUGGCAGGCAACCUGAUAAAUCGCACCUUUCACAGCCAAAAAAAAAAGUCAAAUGGUUUGGUACUUCAUUGAUGUUUCUAUAAUAAAUAGAACAUUACGUGGCAGCUUGUAGAUACAAAAUUUCUUUUCUCAAAAUGCAAGUGGAAAAAAUGUUUCACUCAUUCGCUACACUCACUUGUGAAAUAUUUUUUGAUACUAGAAGAGAAAUUUUGUAUCUCUGCUUGGCUAUAUAAUAUCCUCUAUGUAUGUCCCACAAAAUAGGUAUUUGGGUAUUACAUUUCCUGGUAUGUCCAUCUUAAAUGGUGACCUGGCCAGACAUAUGCCCUUUCUAAAAAAAAAGUAUUUGCAGUCCUGUUUUUUGUUUAAGCCUUUGUGUUCUUAAAGCACAGCCUUGCCUGUGUUUCACUUAAUAAAGUUGUGACAGUUCUGUAGCUCCUGUACUCUGAUUUUUUACAGAAGGAGGUGAAGAGAAACCUGGUUCAGCUGAUCAAGUAGGUGAUGAGAGUGCUACAGGUUUGGAGGCUAGUGGACUGGAAGAAGAGGAGGAAGAGGAUGAUGAUGUCGUAGAUUUGCGGGCAUUCAGUGCCAUUGGUCCUGUCAUGUUUAUUGAGUUGCUGGAACUUCCACCUCAGCCAAAAAUUGUUAAGGGGUGGAUUAUGCAACAGAGUAAGUGCAGUUUUCAAUCUAGACCAUGUUUUUGCAUCAUGAUGGGGAAUAUAAAAUUAAAAUUAUCAUGGAGUCAUACUGACACGAAAACGUUACCUCUUAUAUAUUAGUAUUUCCAAAGUAGAAAGCAAUAAUAAUACCGUAAAAACUCGUGUAUAAGCCGCACUCGUGUAUAAGCCGCACCCCCAACUUUCAAGCAUGAUUUUGAAAAAAAAAAAACCAAAAAUGCGCUUUUGUGAAAAAGGUGAUCGUUUGUUCGCGCAUCAAAAUGUUCACAAAUGAACUUGAGGAAAUUUAAUGUUGUGUAUUUGCAGUGACAUUUUAAAUAAGUUAAUCAACUCUGAAAAUACCUUUUAAAAGGUUCUCUUUAAUCAAUUUCCCCAUUUCCUGCGAAAGACAACAGUUCUCUUCAUUGCUAAAGCCCACAGUUGAAAUGAAAAUGGAACGAUGGAACGAAAAUAAAGCGCUGGAGAAUGCUACAAAACGAUUGCUUAGUAACCAUGCGUUUAUUUGACGAGGGAAGUCUGGACACCAGAGAAGGACACAAGUAAACAAAUGCUGGACUUGUGAAGACUGUAUUUUACAAAACUGAAUAAUAUAUUUACAAGUAACAGGUACAGAUAUCUUGAUAUUAGAAAACGAAAUUCCUUGUUUAAGCAAAAAACUAUUUACAUUGUACAAUGUUUGAAAGUACGGCUCAUAAAUCUACUGAAAGCAAUGAUCAACGACAGGUUUCAAUAUGUUUAAUCUUUAUUUACUGAAGGUUUUCAGUUCAAUUUGUGACCCCUACAAGCCAGUUUACUCCCUUUGAGAGCAAUGGUCUGGUGUAUAAGCCGCACCCGCGAUUUUUGACUCAAAAUUUCGGCAAAAAGGUGCGGCUUAUACACGAGUUUUUACGGUAAUUUAUUAGUAAACUGAUAAAAAAUAGGUGUGCUUAUUAGCCUGAAAUGAGCAUUUCAGACUACUGAGUAGUUUUUGUGUCAGGCAUUCCAUGUAAUUCUGAAAAAGACUGGAGCAUACAUUUCGUUGUUGUGCAUACAUUGCUUUGCUGAUCGAUCGACACCAGUUCAUUGGUCAACUUUGUUCUUUCAUUUUUGUUCCAUCAUGAAACAACAGCAAAAGCUAAGUUCAGUUUUUAUGCAAAAGAGAAUGGCAGUUGAGUUUUUUGAGCAUUUUUUUGUCAGCUCUUUUUGUUUUCAGAAUUGUCUGUCAUUCUUCAAAUAACAUUUUGGCUUUACGACUAUAAUGAUUUAGGCCAAUUCAUACAGCUGUAUUACCUGCAGUGCCAGCCUCCGUGUUGAUGUUAUUUUAUUUUUUUCUAUAAAGGAAUCAAAACUGUGAAAAGCAAUAAAACUAUAAUAUACUACUGCACUAGUGAUGUUUUGGAUGAUGUCAGUUGUUUAAGAUUUCAAUAUCAUAGUUUGAUCCAGACCAAUUUCCUAUUAUGACCCAAUUUAAAAUGCCAUGUGGGACAUUUUGACUAAUUUUUUAGACUGAACACUGGAAGUCAGUGACUUGCAUUAAGCCUCAUUGCAUGCAGAUUAUUGUAUAGAAUGUGUGGUUCCAGGAAAUAUCCAGACCCCCACCACGGAGGGAAUUGGAAAUUCCAAGGGGGUGGGGGGGUCAGAGGCCCAGGAAAUUCCAAAAGGGAGGGGGGUUGGACCAUAAAAUCACUUUCCAGGGGGGCAAUAUCAUUUCGUUUUCGACCUGAGUUCGAACAUUGCUUCUUACCGACCUGGUAGAUCAUUUUAGGACAUAAAUAACUUGAAAUAUAUCACUUAAGAUUGUUCCUUUUGAUCUUAACCAGGUUUCCUUUCUUCCAAAAGCGUUUUGGAUCUAAUUUCAAAGGAAUUAGACCGACUACAACUCGUUUUAUCGCAUGCUCGUAUAUUCGGCCGCCAUUACUGGUUACCAGUCUUCCUCAAAACAUCAACGCGUGCAACACAUCACGCAACACAUCACGUCGCGUCAGUCGAUCGAUAGAUCAGAAGAGUUGCAAUUUUUGCGUCACGAAGCACAAGCUAUACAUUGUAACCACUUUAGAAUGAAGAGUUUUUAUUCUCCUUUUCAUUUUCCCUUAAUUUUGUGGUUGAACGUGUGGCAUGUUCUUGAUCGAAUUCUCGCCGAAAUGGUGUCGAUUUCACCAAACAUUUAUACGGCCAUCGCGCAUCACGUCGCAUCAGUCGAUCGAAAAACAGUAAAUUGAACUUGGUUUCCCUUCAAUUACCUUCAAAAUGCAGGGGGUAUUCAUUGUUAUCAUUUCAGAAUUCAGAGAUUUUAUUCUCCCCUUUGUUUUGCAUUAAUUUUGUUGUCGUUUGUUUGACUUGUUCUGCAUUCCCGCACGAAAUGGCGUCAAUUCUAUCAACAUUACGCCCUUUAGACGAAUAACAAAUCGUAAGCUUGCCCUGAUUAAGGUAAAUUCACAAAUAUAACCGACUUAUUAACUUUCUCUGUUUCAUUUAAUGUAAGAGAUGAGCAAAAAUUAAAGAUCAGGUUACUUUGUGGUGGUGUAGUGUGUUUUGAUGUUGCGACAUCACUCAAAUAAAUGGAAACAGAAGCAUACAAGCUUCUGAUGGAAACCGUUGGGUACUAACCAUAAGUUGCCUCAUUCUUCUACUUUAAUAGUCUCUCUUUGUGAAAAUGAACUUUUCCAGAGGGGUUGGGGGGUCUUUGUCACACUUGUGGAAAUUCCGAAGGGGUAGGGGGUCAUCAGUUCUCUGCAAAAAUGGAAAAUCCAGGGGGGUGGGGGGGUCCUAAGUGAAAUUCCCUCCGUGGUGGGGGUCUGGAUAUUUGCUGGAACUACACAAUAUGUGCAAUAUAUAUACCUCUUCUUAACCAAUAGUGAGGUCAUUACAGGGAAAUCUCAGACCAAGGCCUUGAUGUGUUGGCCGAGCAAUAGCAAGCUCAAUACAUCAAGGCCGAGAUCUGAUAUUUCCCUGUAAUGUCUGAAUGGACGAGGGUAAUAUUUAUUCUGUGGCCUUUUAGUGCUAUAAAUUAGUAGAAAACACCGAAAGUAGUUGAGCCUGCAAUCAAUUAGAACCAACAGCUGGUCAGAGGAUAACAUGUUACCUCAAUGAGUUGUGCACUUGAGCCUGUGAUACAGUCAUGUGACACUGGUCAGUGGAUACCCUUUUUUGACAGCUGCCAAUUGACCAUAACAUGGAUGUCUACUAGCAAGUUAAACACAGAUAGUAUACGCUUUGGACACCUAUCUAAUAAUGCCUGGUCAUUACAAGAAAAUCUUGCCUGCUCAACAGCCAAUCAGAGCACAUGUACUAUUGUAGCCAUGAAAUAAAAUAAUAUUCGUCAUAAGCUCUGCUUCUUGGAGAUUUCCCCGCCACAGUCACUCCUUCCAAGUUGUAUGCUCAUUUUAAAUUUGAUAUUAAUUAACUAUUUAUCUUUUCCAUUCUACUUGUAAUUUAUUCUGUGAGGCAAAAUAAUAAAAUAAAAUAAAUAAUAUUAAACUAAAUAAAAUGAUAAAUAGAACAUACAGAAUUGAUGCCAUGGUCAUAUUCUUCUCACUAGCAUAAGUUUUUAUCAGCCAUUCAUUUUUGUGCUAGCACUUUGUCCCUAAUGGUGACUACACGUAAGUUAAGGAUAAAACAAAAUUUUUUUCUGACAAAACUUUUGUCCUUUUUUAGUUGUGUCUUCAGAGCUCAAACGUGUGAAUUAUCAAGUUGAAGGACAAACGGCCUCAGAUUCUAACUCGGCUAAUAGUACCCCUGCCCCACCCAACUCAGCCUCUGUAUCUCAGGUCCAAGUAUCCAAUCCACCAGUUAUGGUUACAUGCAAGUGAGUUUUUAAUUACAGUGUACUGGUAAUGUUAAUCUGAUUAAUUUUUCGAUGACUGUUUUACUUUGAAAGCAGUUUCCCUCCAGGUUUUCUAAUUUUAUUGUUUUGCCGACCAGUGAGUUCAGUCAUCUCUUGCCACUGUGGGUUGUACACCUUAGCAAACACUAUUUGGCCUGUCUGAAACCUGCACAGUACCAGAAGUGAUCACCACCAUAAUUUGUGGUACUGUAUAGGCUAAAGCCAAGGCUGUACUCAAGACUGAGGGCACAGUUUUUUCCUAUAAAGGUUCGACCCAUGGGUAGGCCAACAAAUAGUGACGUUAUUAAGUUUCAGAAUGUGGCUCUAUUUUGUGGCUUUUGACUCACUUUAUAAUGCACUGUUGAUAGUGAUCAGUAGUGUGCAGGCGCUUUGAACACUUAAACUGUGAAGAUGACUACCACACAAGUAUUCAAGGAUUCAGUCCUUUCACAAAAACAAAAGAAUGGCAUGUUCUUCAACAGAUCGUUUUUGUGAUGUCUCUGAGUAAGAAUUAGGUAGAUGAAUGAAUGAAUGAUGAUACCACUAAAUAAAACUAAAACCGCCGUAAAAUACAGAAUGAACAUCUUAAAAUGGUUAGAAGUACAAACUAAGUCAACUUGUUUAUUAAUUUGCAACGGUCAAACAUUGCUUUUACAAGUAAUUCAAGCUGUGUAAACAAAGGCUUGUUUAAUUUCAUAAUCUAUAUUUUCAACAAAAUUUGGUUUAGAAUCAAAGGCUGUAUACAUGAGAGUUUGUUUCUACUAAAACAGUAACAGUCUACUCGUUUUUGUUUUUUAAGAGUCAAUAGUCAAUUUGGCACUACACUCCUCAUUCACUAUUGACUCAUAGAAAACUUGAAUGUAUCAUGUAAUAAUGUUGUUACAUGUAAAGAAACAAUUUUAUAAGUUUUUUAGGGUGUUGUCGCUAAUAACCAAGUAGUAAUAAUUUUUUUCACGUACCAGGCUGCCUUCAGAUGUGAUGUAUUUUGAACCACCCCAGUUAGCAUAUUGGGAUUCAACCAAAAACAACUGGAGACUUGAUGCCCUUACAGACUCACAGUACAAUGAAGGUAUAUCGAUUAAACAUUCGUGAGGGUGAUAAGCAAUUUACCAACAAAGAGCACCAGCCUGUGUCCACCCUUUGUGGUCAGCAGUGUUCACAUACACACAUGUGGCCUUGAGGAUCCCAAGAAGAAGAAGACGAUUUAUUUCACUCAGCUCCGUUUGCAUGUGACACAGAUUGAAAAAAAAGAGACAAAUAUAUACAGUUACAUGAGUAACAAAUAAAAAUUGUAGUCUCAAGAUAAAGAGCUAGUUGGGAUCCAAAUAGCAAAGGCUAAUCUAGUGGAUGACCCCAAAAAUACAAUUACACACAGAAUAAUAGAAUAUAGUUCUUUAUAAAAAGUAUUUCUUCACGCCAAGGUCGAUAAUUAAGUGCUAUUGGACUGAAAAGCGCUUAACAAUUGUGAGCGUUUCUGAAUGCAGUUUAGCUUGUGGUUAAAAGCUGUUCUUCUGCUGUUUGGAGAACAAUUAUCUGUAGAACUAAACCUGCCUUAGUUUAUAACCCGAAUUUGCUGAGAAACAUGCAAAUGAAGACGAAAACUUAAAAUAAUCAAAACAAAAAAGACAUGAAUCACCGUAAUUAGCAAUAAUUAUUAUUGGAUAAAGCUGAGUAUGAUCUGAAGAAUUAUGGAGAUCAAGGAGUGUGUUAUCUGCCAAGGCUGAAGGUCUGUUAGGACCAGGUUACCGGCUAUAGGACUGGCUGCCAAUAGUGGAAUCUCCUUGGUCUUAGGCACCCAUCCUCCUUUUAGUGAAGCUGAGUUAUUAAUUAAAAGCAGGAACAUAUGACCCUGAAGCAUCUAAAUUCCUCUUAUUUGUUUAGAACCGCCCUGGGUUUUUUAGCUGUCCAAUCGGAAGCACGGAAAUUUUUUCCCAAAUAUGGAACCAGAGAAUUUAAGGAGGGUCAUAUGCUUCUGUUAAAAGCUAAUUAACAUUCUGAAGAUAUCCUCAUUUCAAAAAAUCAAUUUGGCUUUAACAUUUAUUUAUAGAAGAACGAGUUGUUGUCUUCAAGAUCUCCAACUUUGGACCUGUGGCCACCUUUCAGGUAAGUUGAUGCGCUAAUUGUAUUAGGGUUUUUACGUCUUUCUGUGCAGCGAAAAGAAAGAGGUAGCAUUGAAUUAUAACCCCAACUGUCACUGGCUGGUUAUUGAACAAGUAGUCUUGACUAUUGUAAGUAUACCUUGUCAGCACUGGGGCCCAUCUAUUACUCUUUUCUUAUCCCUUUACCUUGAAAUAAAGAGGGGACCGAACCUUUAUUUAUGAGCUUUGAUUGAGGUCUUUCUUUCUAGCCUGCUUGGCAGGCAUUGGACGAGGAAGGGGAAAUAAGAGCGCACUAGAGCGCGAGGGGUGCGCAAAGAGCGCACGGCCUCGUGCGCCCGAAUUCCCCCUUUCUUUUCCCCUUUUAACGCUUGCGACACAGGCGACUUUUUGUCAAGUCGCUUAAAACUACUGAGUUAACUCGUUUUAAAAUACAUUUUGCUUAAUAUUUAUCAGGAUCUGUACUUAAACAUGCCAUUCCAGUCAUGGGAAUUACGUCCUCAUGCAACAAAUAGCUGUCUUUUUACUCUCAUCGCAGCCAUCAUUGAACUAGAAAUUGAAAUUAAGGUAUGAACUACUUUGACUUAAUUGAUGUAGGCUAAAUCUGAAUGCGAAUUUCAAACAAGCACUUUUAACUCCCGUUAUAAUUUUGCUACCCACAGAAUUCCUCAAAGUUGACUGAUAAAAUGAUGAAACAUUACGUUCCUUGACUGUAACCAUUCUAGUCACAGUUGUUUGUAACACAAAGAGUCCUGAUUUUUGAAGAUGAUUCACAACAUUUUUCAGUACCUCUACUUUAAUGGACCAAUACUGCAUCUCCAUGGUGAUUGAUGCAAAGAAAUGGCAUCAAACAAUGUUACUCAUCGGUAAACACGAACGGUCAUUUUGGACAUUUCCAAUUACCAUAGGGAUGGUAUCAAGAUAUAGAAACGCCAUUAAUUUCAGCUUUCUGUGUUUAUAAUUCAACAACACCUACACAAACCGCAUAUUGUUGGACUGUAAUUACUAGCAAUGACAAUAUCUAACUUUGCGCAAGUGAGUGCACUGACCUUGAAUUUUUGAACAUUUAAGGUGGCUCCAAAUUCAUUUAGGACCAGACAAAUUACUAAACUCUCUUUUUCGUAUUCUUAUAGCCUGUGUAGCAACCAUUUCUUUGCUAGCAGUCACAAGAGCACAAUGUGGGGACUGGGAAGGGGUAACGGAAAAUUGCCAGAACAUUUUUCGGAUAAGAGGGAAAAAUCCUGGCAACGUUGCAUACUCUAUUAUGAAUAGCGAGUUUUAAGCAAUAAGCUUAAAGUGUAGUGUUAGAAACUUAGAUAUCUAUGUACACAUUUAUUAAUCCUAAUGUAGGACUCUAUGUGUGCUCUGACGCAGCCGGGUGAUGUCCCUGAGCUAACUGACCUGAGAGGCAAGUGGAUGAAACCACAACAGUUAAUUGAGGUAAAAACUCCUUGGUCUGCUGGAUAAUGAUCCUCUUAUGAACGGUCUUUGAUAUGCAAUGAUAGCUAUGAGAUGUGAUGGGGAAUUUUGAGCCUCUGAAUACAUGAGAAAGAUGUUUUUCAGUCAGUGAUAUGGGCGGCUCGGAGGAAAUAUUCCAAAUACUCCCAAUAGGGAGUCGACCCUAUAACCCUUUGGUUACUUGUCCAGAUGCUCUACCACUAAGCUACCGGGGACCCUUAGGGAGCUAAGGCCACUAAACUAGGUUCAUGUGACAAACAUCCUGCAUACUGCUAGGACUAGAAUGAGAAUGUCGACAUGUGCUUAUGCGCAACGAUUGAUUUGAUGGUCAAUUUUUAUUUAUUUGUUUAUUUUUUAUUUCUUUUAGACUUUUGAUUCUUUGUUAUUGCGUGAUCACUGGUGUAUGACUAAGUUAGUUUAAACAUUUGUCAACUCUUUCUAGGCUAUGCAAAAGGCUGGUGUGAACGUGUUUCCUGCGGUGGAUGCAGAAAAAUAUGUCAGCAUAAACUCCAAGGUGCAUUUAUGUCUUAAUUAUUAGAGCUUGACUAACACACAUAAUGAUUGCGAGUGCUUUUCGUAAAUCACUUGCUAUUUUGUUGACUCUAAUGUGCAGUUUUUCUCGCUAUCAGGAGGAAUGGUUAGAAGGCAGUAUUUAUAAAGAAAUGGCAUUAACAGCAUCAGCAUUUGCAUAUACGUGGAGUAAGUGGAAUGCUGACUGUGGCAAGGACAAAAUUAUCUUGCAAGCUAUUGAGCAGUUACAGGAUGAACAACCUCUGGAGGUAAAUAAUCUCAUGCCCAGAUCAUGGGAUACAACCCUAAAAAUACAAAAGUUUGAAAGAUCAUUGAAUGGUUUCCUUCGAGCAAGCUCUCCAUUUCGACUGGCGAGCCACGCGAGAACGCGUCUGCUCUGCCACUCGCGCGUGGCUUCUCACGAUGGAUUGUUCAGUUGCUUUUUAGUGUCCUUAUGUAUUCUUUGUCGCUUUUGUUAAACAAAAACUGAAUUAAACUUAAGCGUAAUUGGCUUUUUUUUUCAUCGUGAAGGAGGAUUGGUCGUUGUACAAUAUUGGUACACAUAGCUCUUGGAAGCUACGAAUGAAAGAAGAGGACAGUGAACUUUCUGAGGAUGUGGCUGAAAAUACACAGGUAAUAAAGUCUAUCGUAUACUUUGUCACUAUAUAUUUACUUAGAAUUUUGUCCCUGUUGCAUGAUUAAACGUCUGGAAAUGGAAAUGAUGGUAGUAGUAUUUUGGGUCGGCCAGGAUUUUUGGAUAUAUUGUAUAUAAGGGGAAUCUUAAACUGGGUAUCAGUAUCUUUCGGCUCAGUUUAGAACUAUUUUCAGGUAUAAGGCACAUCACGCUUCUUUGACUUUUGUAUGGGUAUAUUGAAAAAUAUGUUGGGGAAUGUUGAAUAUUUUGGGGGGGUAUACUGCUAUACCAGAUAUACCAAUACCACUCCUGGCUGACCCAUUGAAAGAAUGCCACAAAGAUAGGGCGAGACAAAUUUCAUUCCUUAGUCGGAAUCAAACCUCACCGUAACGGACCGAUGAUGACUUCUGCCGAGUUGUCGAUACUUCAGGCACUGUCAUAUCCUAAACAAAUAGUUAUCCUCAUUCCUGUAAAGAGGUACACCGCUUCACUAUUCGGUCUAUCUAAAAUGAUGACUUCUGGGUUCAAACCAUUUACUUAUCGAAUUGUUUCUUGGCUUUUUCUAGCUUCACUCCGAUCUCUAUCAUAUGGUGUUGGAUGGAGCUUCAGAGGAAGCACAGCAAAGAGUUAAAGACUCGCACUUCUUAUUUAUUGACUGUGUGUAUCAGUUGUUAAAUGCAACAAAAGUAAUCACAUACUCAUAACUAAAAUGGGUUUGUCGUGUAAAUAGCUCUCCGCUUAACGUAUAACCUUCCUCUGAAUCAGAGCUCGUUGUACAGUUUCAAGUUCGGUAUGGUAUGUUAGGUCUAUAAGGAAGAUGGUAGCCGUGUAGUAAUAAUCACUUUUAUCAGUUGGAAUACAAAAUAUGUUUGCAUUGUCGAGAAUUCUUUUCAACGCCAAUGUACCUUUUACUGUAUUUAGUCCGUUGUAGAUCUUAAGAUAGUUUGCCUCUCGUGUUUGUAAAAAGGGUGUUUUUUUAAUUACUGAAGCUGCAGAAGCAAUCAUAAUUUGUAAGUAUUUAGUGACUGACUGCUUCUCGACGGCAAUAAAAGAUUUUUAAAAAUUAUGUCCAAUGAACGUCAUGCUUUGUAGACAGAACGUUUGGUAUUUGGGGUUUGAUACUAGUGGC